GAAGAAGAAGAAGCAGCAGCAGCAGAAGAAGCAGCAGAAGAAGAAGAAGAAGAAGAAGAAGCAGAAGAAGAAGAGUCACCGUCUCUCGGGGAGCCACUGAGUGUUUGCCGGUGAACAUGGAGCCGGUGAACAUGGAGCCGGUGAACAUGGAGCCGGUGUCAGAGCAGCAGAUCGACGGCAGCCUGAUGGAGGGAGGCGGACAGAUCCUCCGAGUGGCCGCGGCGCUCAGCUGCAUCACCGGCUCCGCCAUCAAGAUCAGCAACAUCCGAGCCGGCAGGAGCUCACCGGGGCUCAGGCCACAGCAUCUCAGCGGCUUGCAGCUGGUCUCAGAUCUGUGUUGUGGUGUUCUGCAGGGAGCCAACAUCAGCUCCACUGACGUGAGUCUGACUCCAGGUCAGAUCCGGUCUGGAAACCACACGGCCGACACGCAGACAGCAGGGAGUGUGUGUCUGCUGUUGCAGGUUGCGUUGCCUUGUGCCCUGUACGCUGACGCCCCCUCACAGCUGAUUCUGAAAGGAGGAACAAAUGCUGAGAUGGCUCCUCAGAUCGACUACACACUCAAAGUGUUUAAACCCAUCGUUGAAAAGUUCGGGGUCAACUUUGACUGUGACGUCAGAAUGAGAGGGUACUAUCCUAGAGGGGGGGGUGAGGUGAUUGUGAAGGUGAAUCCAAUCAGAGAGCUGCAGCCCGUCAUCAUGAUGGAGAGAGGAAACAUCACCAAGAUCCACGGCCGAGCCUUUGUCGCUGGAGUCCUGCCCUACAAAUUGGCUAAAGACAUGGCGGCGGCGGCGGUUCGAACCAUCAGGAAGGAGAUCAAAGAGCUGUACAUAAAUAUUCAGCCGCUGCAGGAGAAAGAAAAUUCCUGCGGUAACGGCAACGGCAUCAUAAUCAUCGCUGAGUCGUCGACAGGUUGUAUGUUCGCAGGUUCCGCCCUGGGGAAGAAAGGUGUAUAUGCUGAUAAAAUUGGUUUUGAAGCAGCUGAGAUGUUGUUGAGAAACAUUCGACAUAACGGCUGCGUGGACGAGUUCCUGCAGGACCAGCUCAUCAUCUUCAUGGCGUUGGCUAAGGGAACGUCUCGGAUUAGAACGGGUGCUGUGACGCUACACACUCAGACGGCCAUUCACAUCGCAGAGCAGCUCACUCUGGUCAGAGCCUCGCUC